CUAGCCGCUAGAAAUUAAGCAUUAUGUAUACGUUCAGUACGAGAAAGCAGAUGCCUUUCUCCUCUUUUCUUUUUACUGCUUCUCUGCUCAUGAUGAUCUGUGUUUUCAUUUGCCAGUUUGAUGCAACACAGGCACAAGAAGUUGAGGACGAAAGGGAGUUCGAUUACGACGAGAAGAGCGAAAAGGGCCCGGGGAGAUGGGGAGAGCUGAAGAAAGAAUGGGCUGCUUGCGGGGAUGGAAAGAUGCAGUCUCCCCUCGCCCUCUCCGCUCCGAUCAUCAAACGCCGCGGUGGCGUUCGCAAGCCGGGAGUUAAGAUCACUAGGAACUCUUACAUGCCAGCGAAUGCUACUCUUCACAACCGUGGCCAUGACAUAUCCAUUGAAUGGGUGGGUGAUCCGGGAUCCAUUCCUAUAAAUGGCAAACACUUCUCCCUCAAAGCGGUUCAUUGGCACUCUCCUUCCGAGCACACUCUUCAUGGUACCAGGUAUGAUCUGGAGCUACACGCAUUGCACAUGAAUACAGACCAAACGAGUGGAAAGAACACAACAGCUGUGUUUUCGGUUCUCUACCGCAUUGGUCGAAAACCCAACCGGUUUCUCUCCCGGCUGACGAAGAACAUAGCAUCUAUGAAGGAUCAAAAAGGUGAAGUGAGAAAUGCAGGGUUUGUUGAUCCAAAUAAAAUCCAAUUCAUAAGCAAUGAUUAUUACAGAUACACGGGUUCUCUCACUACCCCGCCUUGCACCGAAGACGUCAUUUGGACUGUCAAUAAAAAGAUACACAACGUUUCCAGGAAGCAAGUAAAGCUGCUUCGAGAAGCAGUUCAUGACUCUGCAGAAAGAAAUGCAAGGCCUCUACAACCGCGCAACAAUAGAGAUAUAUAUCUCAGACUGUCGUCUUGAGUGAUCAACUGAUCAUAGUAUCAUAGAUGAUUAUCAUUAAAGAGAAAGUUAGAAAUUUUGUCUCAUAACUUAUGCACAUGACAUACUCUCUUUUAGUCAUGUAGUUUUAAGUACUUUUUUUUAUUUAUUUUGAUUUAUCAUGUGACUAAUAAAUUCAAAUAUAUUAAAGACUUUUUCAUCUGAAUGUACUAUUUAUGAUGAAAUAUAUAUAACAAGUGAUGGGAACUUGACCAUCCAUUAGACCCCCUUUGAUGUUUGAACAACUCCAUUGCAAACAAAAGUUGUGAUCUAUAUUUUUAAAACAAAAGGAAAAAUUUCAUUGAAUGUUGAGCAAAUGUGAUUACAUAGAAAAGGUGAAAAGGAGAAAUAGAAAAAUAAAACAGCCAAAGCAAAGUAUAUGAUAAAUUGAUAACUCAACCGUAAGUACUAGGAAUCAUCGAUUCAUAUGUGAUUGAAAUUUCUAUAAAGUUUCAUUUUCGUGUUGAGAUUCUGUCUAAACAAGGUUUGAUCUAUCAUAUAUAAACAUAAUAGUGAAGGCAAAAUAUUUUGUGCGGUAAGGCAUACAUAUUUUUAGUUGGGUCGCAGCCAUUUUGGGGUGAAAACUUUACAUUUGGGGUUUUCACCCCUCCCAUUGCAGCCAGCCUAAGUGUGAACCCACUUUGAAAAGAAAAUUAAAAAAAACCUUCGUAAAUCGAAGAGAAACAAAAAGGUAAUACAGUACAAUUCAUAUACGAUAGUAAGAAUGAAAGAAAAUCAUUAUUUUCAAAGUACAUUAAAUGAAAAACGAAUUUUGUAAAGCUCAACCUGUCAACCAUACUAGGCAUUUAAUAACAAUGCCUAGUGCCCUCCUUAAUUGCUGCAGAGAGUUUUCAAUUCUUCUACAGCGGUCCUAGUGAGCAGAAUGGAUGCAUUGAACUUUUUGAGAAAGUUAAUUAACUUUAUAAGAGUUUAAUCCAUUGCACCUUCCUUAGCUUCUUGUACAACAGGAAGAAACAUGCCACAAGCCGCACAUACCACCCACUUUGGGGAUUGGGAAAGUGAAGUAGCUGGAGAAGAAAUGGAAGAACGAGUAGCUAGCGGUCCCAGUCAUAGCUAUCCGUCUGAACCUUGUCUAUGAAAUAACUGACCCUUUGGAUCUUCU